AUGGCCGAGAAAACAAGAGCCAAACAGCAGCAGGAAAUGCAGAAUCAGUUGGAGAAUCAGCAAAAUGAAAUCCUGGAAUUAAAAACAGAUGUUAGCACAGUGAAGAGUGACGUUCAAGAAAUUAAAGACAUGCUACGUACCCUGUUUGCACAGCCACACAACCCACCCCCUCCCCCAAUCAACCCAGAAAUGAACCUGGAAGCAGAAAACCCAGAUCCACGGAAGCUCAACCUCAGGGGAGUCAAGCUUGAUUUUCCUCACUUUCUUGGGGUUAAUCCAGCUGCAUGGCUUUUUAAAGUCAAUCAUUACUUUGAGUUCCACCAAACACCACUAGCACAGAGGCUAUUGAUGGCCUCAUACCACAUGGAAGGCGAUGCCCUCGUAUGGUUCCAAAAUGCUGCAGAAGGAGGAUUCUGUCGUGAUUGGGACACUUUUUGUAGAUCGUUACUCCUUCGUUUCGGGCCAACCGCAUAUGACGACCCCAUGGAGGCGUUAACGAGACUUAAACAGACCGGUUCAGUAGCGGGAUAUAUGGCGGAAUUUGAAACAUUAUCCAACCGUUUGAGGGGCCUAUCGGAUUUACACAAGCUGAGUUGUUUUCUCAGUGGAUUGAAGGACGAGAUUCGCAUUCCCAUCCGCAUGUUGAAUCCUGUGAACUUAAAUGGAGCCUAUGGACUAGCUAAAAUGCAAGAAGAAUACCAUACCAGUACAAAGAAAUUCCACAAACCAAUGGUGGAAAAGAUUGCUACACCAAGGGAAGGAAAUCCUUACUCUAAGGAUAAUUACAGCAAAUGGAAGCAACCGGGGGGUUUUACUAAACCUGUAACGUCCAUGCACAUGGAUGAGAAACGACGGAAAGGGCUAUGCUACCAUUGUGACGAGAAAUGGAACCCAGCACACACUUGCAAAAAUCCCAGAAUUUAUUUUUUGCAAGUGGAUGAAGAAGUGGAAGAGGAAGAAGGGAAGGAAGCUGGUGCGAAUGAGGAAGAGAAUCAGCAACUACAAAUCCUGACCAGCAGCAAGGAUGAACUGGAGAUUUCCUUGGCUGCCAUAGCUGGAACUCCGACAGUGUGCACUAUGAGGUUGGUGGGAAGUAUUAACGGAGAGCAAGUGCUACCAGUGGAUUAUCUAGUAAACUUAAAAGUGAGGGUAGCAAAUGGUCAAGGCCUAAACAGUGAAGGGUUAUGUCGAACCGUGCAAUUAAAAGUGCAAGGUAACGUUCUACAACUUCCUCUACAUUUAUUAGAGCUUGCUGGUUGUGAUAUUGUUUUGGGGGUCCAAUGGUUAGAAACCUUGGACCCUAUCAUGUGGGAUUUUUCUAAGUUGCUUAUGAGCUUUAUGUGGAAAGGAAAAACCAUAGAAUUUCAGGGGCUGAAAUUGAGCCCUUCUGUGGUGGAGGAUAGUGAGAAGACACUAAAAGCAACUAUAGCCAAGGGGAAGGGAAUUUUCUUACAGAUUAUGUGUGAGGAAAGCAAGGGAACCGACCAUGGGAAAAUAGAUGAACAGUUUUCAGAGCUGUUGGAGGGUUUUUCUGAGGUUUUUAAUGAACCCCAAGGGUUACCACCACCACGUAACCAUGACCACCAUAUCAUCCUAAAAGAAGGCACCCAACCCAUCUCAAAUAGACCCUACCGAUAUCCAUACUACCAGAAAACAGAGAUUGAAAACAUUGUGGCUGAAUUGUUAAAAUCGAGAGUGAUUAGACCAAGUUCUAGCCCCUUUUCCUCCCCUGUUUUGCUGGUCCGUAAGGCGGAUGGCAGUUGGAGACUUUGUGUGGAUUAUAGGGCACUUAAUAGGGAGACCGUGAAGGCAAAGUUUCCCAUUCCAAUUAUAGACGAAUUAUUAGAUGAGCUCUUUGGGGCGGUAAUUUUUUCUAAGCUGGAUUUAAGAUCGGGUUAUCAUCAAGUGAGGGUUGUGCCUAGUGACAUACCUAAAACGGCCUUUCGAACCCAUGACGGACACUACGAGUUUUUAGUAAUGCCUUUUGGACUUACUAACGCUCCAGCCACCUUUCAAGGGUUAAUGAACGAUAUAUUCAAACCUUUUUUGAGGAAAUUCGUACUUGUAUUUUUCGACGAUAUCUUGGUAUAUAGUAGAUCAAGAGAAGAGCAUGUAAACCAUUUGAAAGAAGUAUUGAAAAUGCUGAAACAUCAUUGUUUGUAUGCAAAAAAAUCCAAGUGUCGGUUUGGAGUGGCUGAAGUGGAUUAUUUGGGCCAUAUAAUUAAUUCGGAAGGGGUGAUGGCAGAUUCAGCCAAGAUUAAGGCCAUGCUGGAAUGGCCUGAGCCUAAGAAUGUGAAAGCCUUACGAGGAUUCCUAGGGCUCACAGGUUAUUACAGGAAGUUCAUUAGAAAUUAUGGACUUAUUGCUGCCCCUCUUACCUCCUUGUUGAAGAAAAACUCUUUUUCUUGGAACUUGGAGGCCAGCAAGGCAUUUGAAGCCUUGAAACAAGCUGUCUCACAUCCCCCGGUCCUUAAACUACCGGAUUUCAGUAAAUCUUUUGUGAUUGAGUGCGAUGCUAGUGGAAAAGGCAUAGGGGUUGUUUUAAUGCAAGACGGUAGGCCCUUAGCUUUUAUGAGUAAGGCUUUAAAAGGGAAGGCACUGCUGCUGUCCACUUAUGAAAAAGAAUUGUUUGCCUUAGUUACAGCAGUGCAACGUUGGAGACCUUACUUGUUAGGUCAAUCUUUUGUUGUUAAGACUGACCAGCAGGUAGGGGUGUAA